CUCAUUGCGAUCACGCCCACGUGCCGACGCCGGGGAGUGCGCUUCCACUCUAUCCCUCCGGUUAAUCCGCACAACACCUCCUCGCGCGUAUGGUCGCCUAGUACCGCCGGUUCACUUUAUCCGAAACUUUUAUCCGUUAUUAUCCGGGUUAUCUUGCCGGUUAAUCCAAAUAUGGGAUACCGAGUUAUUCUAAUUUUAGCUAGCUUAGGGCUUGUGAAAUGUUACUCACAAAAUAGUUAUUAUUUUGAAAAUCACAAGUAUUGUGAUGAUCUGUCGCCGUAUUUUGGUGAAAUCGACCUGGAGCAAAUUACGGGCGUCUGGUACGGGGUGGAGAAGAUCCCACAUUCAAAAGGUGAAUACAAGAUUGAAAGAACAAGAGAGUGCUUCUACAUCGAUAUUAAGGAGCUCUAUCAUGAGCCUACACCUCCGACCCCGUAUGGUUAUGGUGACCGGUCUCUCUUGAACUACAACAACUAUAAUAGCCCGUCCUACAUGAUGACGACCAGCCCGUACGCCAACCGCGGGUUCGGUCUGCCGGAGCCGUACAGGAUCCGUCACUUCGUGCUGGAGUGGCACGAGGGACUCUGGCAGGAUGACUACCACAUCAAGGUCAACACUUCUCAUAAAGGAUUCUGGCCUACGGACGUGCCUAAUGGCUCCGUCGACAAGAUGUACCGGUUCUUCGGUGGCGUGAUCCAGGUACUGAAAGUGGCCAACAACCACCUGGUGCUGAACUUCUGCAUGAGGCUGCCUCAUUCGCAACUCUUCAGCGUGGUUCUAUCCCGCUAUGAGAACCAGCUGACCCCAGAGGACUUGGCCGCCAUCCAUAACAUCUUCACAAUGAAACACCUCUCCACAUCAGCCCUGAAAAGAGUCUGCGACAAUAAUGGCGCCCAUGCCAAUCUGCCUAGUGUAUUCUUGCUAACUAUAAUUAUUCUGUUCCUGAUAAGGAGAUAUCUUUAUUGAAACGAAAAGUCUGACAUUAGGCUAGUUUUCAACUAGUCAAAUCCAUAGAGCAACAUGGACCUCAGCGGAGUCAAAUCACUUACUUUUUACUAAAAUGCUGCCAUCGAGAAAAAUAUCCUGAAAAUAUCGAAUCACCAGCUGUCGAAUGCGCAUUCUCUCGACGGUAGCACAACGUCUAAACACGAAAUUACUACGGAAUUUGUAUGAAAAAGCACACUGUGACGUCAUAGAAAAACGUGAUAAAAUGUCGGACUUAUUAAGUACGUUUUUCUUGAUUAAAAUUCAUAAAUAAGUUAAAUAGAAAAAAGAAAAUGUUUUUCGUUAGUUUCAGAUCUGUCUUUAUUUAGUAAGUAAUCAGAAUUAAAUAAUUUAUCUUGAUCCUAGUACCUACACGACCCAUUUGUUAUAAUUUCUUACGUAUUUUUUCAAAUUAUGUAUAAUAUUCGGUUCAAAUACUCGAUUAUUUUCGUAUCUAUUAUUCGUGCAACGUAUUUUUAUAAUGUAUGAGUAGAUUACGAUGGUUUAUUGGACUGCCUUUCGAAAAUAAAUUAUUUUUAUAUCAA